AUGGUGGUUGAUGCGCGCAGAUCUGACUUUGACCGGUUCGCUCUCUGCGAUGUCAACCCUAAGGGAAAUCGACCAAAGUUCCCCAAUCGAUCAUUUUCGAAGAAGAAAAUGAGUUCAGGCAUGUCAUUGAGUCGGAAGCAAGCACUAAUCGCUGGUGGCGGUUUGGCUUCAAUGUAUAUUGGCUUUAAGAUGGCAUCUCAACCUAAAUAUACAAUAUGUGAAGGGCCUCGUAAUGAAUUAGGCCCAGAUUUGGUGAUGCGACAGUAUCGCUACACUGUUUGUCCAAGUCAUUUGCGCUAUUGUUGCCUUAGUGAUCUCUACAUGGGGGAGCGGUGCUGCGCAGGCCGUCCAUAUUUUACUCACUCAUCGUCUCGUGGUACAACAAUCGGUUCUCUUUUCGGCACCCUCAUGAUGAUAUUGUGCAUUGGCCUAAUAAUAUACUUCUGUUGUCUUCGACGUCGUUCAAAAUCCUCGACUCAGGUGUUGGCCCAUGAUCCUGAUGAGCUAUACCGUCUUCCCACGUCUCUUCGUCAGCCCACAUCUAUUGGUACAGGUGUCACAGUUGGGGGUUAUGCUCCCGCGUUUGAUCAUCAAGUACCUCCUCCUCCAGUUCCUAGUGGACCAGAUCCUAUCUACUAUCCCGAAAAUCCACCUCCAUCAUAUUUCGAUUCUACAAGAAGUAAUCAACCACCUCCCUAUCCAGAUGUCAUCCCUCCAAAUCAGUCGCCAUAUCCACCAGCACCGCCUGCAGAUAAUGCAUCAGCUCCUCCAUACCCCACUCCGUCUUCUCAACAUCCUGGCGCUCCUAUUGGCUCAGGAUGGAGUGAACGACCACCCAUAACACAACCUUAA